AUGUCGGAUAUUGAAUCUGGAGAAGCUUCGCAAGCUGAAAAUUCACUAGAAGUUGAUGAAGUGUUAGAAGAUAAUCUUCAGACCAAAGGUUCCCAAUCCAAUUCAAAAAAACACAAGCGUCGUCGUAAGUCAAUUAAACAACUUGCACCAUGCUGGAAAUAUUUUAAAGUAGUAGGAGAAGAAUCAGUCUGCAAUGUUAUAAUUAAAAUAGAUGGAAAAGAAAAGAAAUGUGCAAAAAAAUUUAAAUAUCUUCCCGGAUGGUCAACAACCAACAUGAAUUUACAUCUUGCAGAUGAACAUGACAUAGUGGAAUUUCAAAAAAACCAGAGUAAUACAAAAGGCUCCCAGCAAACCAUCACCAGUAUGCUACAACGUGUCGUCCCUCAUAAAGGAAUUAAAAAACGUAAUAUCUGUCGUGGUGUUGCAGAAUGGCUUGUGAUUGACAAUCGAGCAUUUGAAGUUAUCACCGGAGAAGGGUUUCGUAGAUUUAUGUUGCAAAUAGACCCCGCUUUUCGUCGGCCUUCUUAUAAGGCAAUGAAGGUUCAUUAUGCCAAAAAUAUAGAUCCUGAUGAAUAUGACUAUAAUAAUGAAGGUCUCCAAGAAACAUCUAAUUUUGAUUCGGAAUCCGAGUCUGAGUCGUCAGAUGAUGAAAAUGAAAGAGACAUAUCCUUUGAUACUCAAGAAAAUCAGUCUGAAAAUGAUACUGAAUUAAUUGUAAAAGACAUACAAAAUAUCAUAUAUAACUCACUUUUUGAAUAUUGGGAUCACCCAUCACCAAUUUGCCUUCUCGCAACAUUAUUAGACCCCCGGCUGAAAGAAAUGUCUUUUGCAAAUGGAGAAACUCGUAAAAAUACCAUUAAUGAAUGUAGACUUCAACUUCACCAACUAAUGGAUAUACAAUCACCAACAUCAAAUAAAAACGCUAUUUCACCUAGCUCAAAAAAUCUCUCCCCUAAUAAUAUGUUUAAGGACCUUAUAUUUGGUAGUGCUCAAAGAUCAGAUGAACCUACGGAUGAAUUGGAUUCUUAUCUUGACUUAAGGCAGGCACCAAUAGCCUUUCCUGACAAAGAUCCUCUCUUAUGGUCAGAGAUUAUUAGGUAUCAUAAGUUCUUCGCAUCGAAACAUGAUGUACCAUUAGAAGAAUAUAAUAACAAAUUUGAUCGUAUAAAUCUGCUUUCACUUGAAUCUGAAGAAGAGCUUGAAGAAAUAGAUUGGUCUGAAUUGAUUUAA